CCGACCGCGGUCACCAUGGGCUGUAACCCGAGCAAAGACGGAAGCGCCGUGGACGGCGGAGGAAUCGUGGGUGUGGACGGCGGCGGCGGUGGCGGCGGCGGAGGAGGGGUCUCCGACAAAUUGUCGUCGGCCGCCGAAUCCGAUGCGGCCAAAACGCUCUUGAUACCGUUGAGUGACGAUUCGGGAGACCGCGACAGUUUGACCAGUUCGGUUAGCGAAGAAGAAAACUCCGACACGAUGAAAACAUCCGAGGAAGUAGAUUUCGAAAAGGAAUUCCGGCCGGAUGACGUUGAAUUGUGUCACGCCGCGACCAAAAUCCAAGCUUCGUUCCGAGGUCAUAUGACUAGGAAACAGCAAGCUGGCGGAAAAGAUGAGCCUGGUGGCGCUACCGCUUCUGCUUUGACUUCUAAAGACGAGACUCUCGAAUCGCAGUUGAAAAACGUCGACAUAAACAAGGACGCGGACCUAAGCGAGCUGUUGGACGUGGACUUGGCCGAUCCGGAGCUGCACAAAGCCGCCACGAAGAUUCAGGCAUCCUUCCGUGGGCACAAAGCUCGGAAGGCUGACGACGCAAUCGAUAACAAGCAAUAGGACCGCCGCUGCUGUAUAAAAUUUCCAUUAAUAUUAUUAAUAUUAUUUUUUUCUUACAUUCAACAAUGCUAAACGGUAAUAAUAAUAAUAAUAAUAUCUAUCGAGGACGGACGAGUUAAUUCAGCAUAAUAUAACAAUUGCAACUGUUGUACUACACCACAGUGGUUAUUAUUAUUAUUAUUAUUAUUAUUAUCAUCGUCAUCAUAGUAAUUUUUGGUAAUAUUAUUUUAUUUCACUGCGGAUGUAGGAGAGGAAACGUUUUAUUAAAAUACAUUUACUACAUUUAAUAUUAUAUAUAGGUUUUCCAACGCUGUCGUGACAAGUUUCUUUAUUAGAUUCAGCAACAUAAUAUUAUGUCGAUCGGUUCGUAAACCACAGCAUUAGAUACCUAUAUAAUAUAACUAAUGAAAUAAAGUAUCGUUCAAUUUUUUUUUCUCUUAGGUAAGCUAAUAACAUUCCUUUUCCGCCAUCCUCGUCUUAUAUUAAUAAUACAUUCAUAAUAUUAUAUUCAUUUUCACUAUUUCGAUUGUGACCAACACGAAAUUCGUAUCAAUGUGUAAUUAUUAUUAUUAUUAUUUUUACUAUUAUUAAUAUUAUUAAUAUAUAUAUAUAUUUUAAAACACGCACAUCAAUUUAAAUACUUUUCUGGAGUUUCUACCAAAAUAAAAAGCUACAGUCGAUAUUGUAUAUCGUAUUAUAUACCUACCUUAUGUAAUGUAACUAAAAUUUGGUAGCUGCAGGGUACUAUAAUACUAUAAUAAUUGUAUGAAUACCGUUGUGUCCCACCAGAACGUAAUAAUCAAACGUAAUUGUAAUCAAAAUAAUAAUAAUUAUAUAUAAAAUUAAAAAUCACGAAAAUGACGAGGGUUACUAUUACAUUGAGCUUAGGAGAGCUUAUAAUGCGUCGUUUCAAGGAAUAGUAAUAUCAAUUAUUUUCUUCUAUAUUGCACGAUGUUUAUUCCAACGCCGCAGUAUUAUUUUAUUGUCAUAACCGAUUCAUAACUACUUUUUUCCACCAGUCGUCUUAACAUUUUUAACGUUUACGAGAUAAUAUUAAAUUUAUUAUUAUUAUUAUUAUUAUUGACUAUUGUAGUUAUAAAUUAUAACAUAUACAUUGUAUUAAAAAUCGUAUACAUUUAUUUAGACGGAACUCGCAUUUAUAUAAUACCUACGUAGGUAAUCAACGUAUAUCCACGAAAACGAACCAAUUAUAUUUGCUUGAACUUUCUGUUUCUACAAUUUAUUAAUUAUUAUUAAUCGAGUAGGAUGUAGAAAAAAUGUUUGAUAAUUUUACAUAAAUUUAUAAACAUUCAUAUUAUUAUAAAACAUCACUUUAAGCACUCGUACACCGGCAAACAAAAUAUUGCCUGUUGGGUCAUUUAAAAUUAAAAUUUGUAUUUUAAACUCAUUGUCGCUGCUCACUUGAAAAAUAUAUUACAUUUAUACAAAAUAAAUGAUUGAAAAAUAAUUUUUUCG